AUGUACAUUAAUUGGGCUUGCGAAGAAGAUGGUGCACCAGGUGUGGGUGUUUUCAAGGACAGUGAGAAAGAACUAGUGCUUCCACCAGCUGAUGCAGCUGCAUUACUUGUACCAAAACCAGUAAAACUCGAAGAUGGAGUAGAUGCAUUGGUUAUUGAUCCUGCAGUCACUGUAGAAGAGGUACCACUGGAUGAUGGAAAGGCCAAACCAGAUAUAACACUGGCACCAGAAGCACUCGAUGAAGCUGGAGCUGAGGCAUUGGCAGUUGUAGUAGUUGUAACUGUCGAAAACAGAGAAGAAGGGGUGGUGGUACCAAAUGUAGCCGGUCUUGAAGUGGCCGGGCUGGAAAAGGAGGACAAAAAAGCAGAUGAUGAAGCCCCAGACACCCCGAACAAAGAACCAGGUGAAGAAAGUGAAGUAACUGCUGCUGAUGACGAGGCUGCAGAAUUGGAGGUGCUCUUCAAGAAUGAAAAAUCAGAAGUACUGCUAGAGCUAGGAGCCGAAGAAAGUGAAAAGGAGGGAGUGGACGAAGCUGAUGCAGAUGCCGAUGGAGCUGAAGUUGAGGCACUUGGGAAUGAGAACCCGGAUGCCGAUGAAGCUGAAGUUGAGGCACUUGGGAAUGAGAACCCGGAUGCCGACGAAGCUGAAGUUGAGGCACUUGGGAACGAGAACCCGGAUGCUGAUAAAGCUGAACUCGAUGAUACACCAAAAGCUGGGACAGUGCUAGCAGUAGUCGUCUGGUUUGAGGCUGACGAGGAUCCAAAUAUGCCUGACACUGGAGCAGCACCCGACCCAAAUAAAGAUGCACUAGCUUGGGUGGCAGUCGGAGCAGCACCCGACCCAAAUGAUGAUCCAAAUACACCUGCGUUCGGAGCUGAACCCGAUCCAAAUAGAGGUGCAGGGGUAGUUGGAGUAGCUGCUGUUGAGGUUGAUCCAAAUGGACUGGACCCGAAUAGAGGUGUGCUGGCACUGGUGGUUGAAGGAGCAGUUGACGAUGCACCAAACGGGCUGGAUGUUGGUGUGCUCGACCCAAAUAGGUUUGAAGAUCCUGGAGCAGGGGUUCCGAAUACUGUUGAUGUGCCGAAUGGAGAUGAAGAAGGCAAGGGGGAUGAAGGAGCGGCUGCAGAAGUGUUGCCAAAGAGGUUGGUCGUCUGUCCUGCACCUGAAGAAGAUGAACCGAAAAGGCUAGAUGUGGGGGCUCCACCAGAGGACGACCCGAAAAUGUUUGGAGACGGGGCUGGAGCCGACCCGGAUCCAAAUAAACUAGCUGCAGGCGCAGGGGACGGUGAGGAUCCGAAUAUGCUCGGAGCUGGGGCGGCAGCAGAAGUAGAUCCGAAUAUGUUCGGGGAGGGGGCAGCGCCCGAAGCUGCUGAGGACCCAAAUAUAGACGGGGCGCCGAAAGGAGACGAGGCCGCGGACGGCGUUGCCGAGGACGAACCAAAGAAAGAGGAGCCGCCGAAGGAGAAUGAGUUAGAGGACGGCGCCGCUGCGGCGGAAGAUGACGAGCCGAAGAGUGAGGAGCCGCCGAAUGGGGAGGCGGCGGGGGCAGAAGGAGGCGUCGCGGCGCCGAAACCAAAAGAAGAAGCGGAUGCUGCGGAGCUAGGGUUGGAGAAACCAGGGGACGACGACGAGAAUGUGCUGGAGAAUGAUAAACCCGUGCCGGCCAUGGCGGUGGCGGUAGAGGCUGAGGCGGCGGCGGCGGAUGUGGCGUUGAAAUUAAGCAGAUAA